GGAAUUCGGUCGAAGGAACUGUAAUAAAAGGAAGAGACCAAGCUGGCAGGGAAAUGCUAAAAAUAAUCUUUGAUCUUCUUACAAUCUGGAACACUCAAAAUGUGGAAAACUUCUUUAUCCUGCUACAACAGUUCUUUUAUGUAUACAGCUCUCCUGUUCUUCAUGACGGUACGGAAAGACCAUGGGGAUUACAGUAUGGUAAUAAACAGGUAGAAAACCUGCUCAGAUGUUUUCUGGAGGAAAACUUCAAUCUUAAGCCUAGCGGAAAGAGGAAAGGAAAAACCGAAUCCUUCUUACCCCCACUGCAUGCAGGACUUGUCAGUUUGCUCAUCUACAACAAGUAUCUGAAGGACAGCAUGACAGCUCAGCUCUCUAGUCUCUGUGAUCUUCUUUGCCUUCCUAAAAAGCCACGACACCAUUUCCUCGAUUUCUGGAAAGAUUUUGCAAACCCUGUGGCAGAUAAAAACAGUGUUGCAGAUGCUGUUGAGAGGCUUUGCUACAGUGCCAGAGAACACCAUAUUGAGGAGUGGGUCUUGGUCAUUCCUCUGGUUCACCUACUGAGAGGAGAAAGCAAACCAUUUGAGCCAAUUCCACCUGCGUUGAACCCACAGGUUGACUCCUGGACGGGCUUAAGGGGAAACAAAGGACCGCGUAGCAACAGUAAUCCUCAGAGUCUGAUGAGGAUCAUGAAAGAACAUACAUACCUUGUGGACAUUGAUCGUCUUGUUGUGCACUCUUGGAUGUCUCUGCUGCCUGUUGACCAAGUAAUGGAGCUCAUCUCCAGUGUGAAAGUGGAGCUCCUUGAUGUUCUCCAAUACUUACUUUUCAGCAUCAGAUCUGAAAUAACGUACCACACCUACAUGGCUUUAAAAGAUCUGGCAUCUCAUCUCAUCAGAAGAGAGAGCCAUCGCAGUAAAAGUUUUGAUGACAAACAUGGAGAGUGUUGCCUGAAAACUGCAGUAAUGCUUCUGGGUUCUGUCUGCCGUCACACAAAAGAGCCAGACCGCUAUGAUGUUCCUCUUCUCUUCCUUGAUCUGGUUUGUCUGAUUUCCCAAGCGUAUGGCCACACGGAUUCCCAGGCAAGAGAGAGAAUUCAUGAAGAGUCAGUCGGGGAGACAUUAGAGACAAUGAGAGAAUGGCGAAGAAAUACCUUCAAACACAACCUGCUUAAACAGUGGAAAGCAGAGUUUGCUUCCCCCAAUGAAAUUAAGGUAUGGAGCAAGUUACUCUCUGUAUCCUUCAGUCAUGAGGAGCACACUGCAUUCUGGAGAACCACAUUCAUGAGUGACUUUGAAGGAAAACUAAAACAGGAACAUCCAGAGGCUCAAAUUGGAAUAUACUCAAACAACAUGGAAGAGCUGAGACAGACAAGUCCAUUGUUAUGCAACACAAUGGAGAAAUGUGCAUUGGAGGCAGUUGCACGUAUUUGCCGGGAUGAAUCUGGUCAAGCUCUGUCUGCUCUGUUGAAGAAACAUGAUAUCACAAAGUUUGGGAAGCUGAUGUCUGUUGUUGUGCUGAAGUCCUGGCCUACAGAUGCCAAUGGUGAUUACAUUGAAGGAGAAGACUUGACAUUUCAGUUCCUUAUAAACUGGCCCAUGGCCAAAACUGUCUUCCAAAUGGCAGGUGCAAGAGUUCUACAAAUCUGCCAGGAGCUUCCAGAACAUGUCAAAGCUGACUUUGAGGGGUUGGACCAAAAAUAUAAUCAGAACAUUGAGACAAUGAAUCUGAGUGAAUUUAUGGAAGUUCACACUCUUGAUGGACAGACCUCUCCUGCUACUGGGAAGGUCACUUAUUUCAACCUUCGUGAUACAUCUCGUCAAAUGGCCUCAGAAGUGCAUGCUGUUAAAGGCAGCACAGUCUUUACAAUGUGCUGGACAAACCAAGUAGAGGAGCUGUCAAGAGGUCAACCUGAUAAAGAUGACCCUGAACACAUCAAUACAAAUGAAGAAAUCUAUACUCUUGACCUGGUCUACAGCAAGAUAUUCCAGAGCUGCUACAGCAAGUACAAAGGGCUUUAUGAUAGUCUGAAGAGUGGGGAACUGUUACUGGAGGAAAUAGACAGCUUCUUUGAAGGCUAUAAAGGAAGAUAUGAAGAUUUGGAGAAAGAUUUAGACAUCAUGUGCAGAAUAAAUCCAGGCGACAACAGAAGAUGGAUCAGAGAAAGGAUUAGGCAGAUUCGACAGUACCAGGAUCUUCAUCUAACCCUGCAGUCUUCCAAAAUCAUCAUGGCUAUCAAGAACAUCAUGUGUCCAGAAGGAAACUUCACAGUGCUGGAUAAAUUACUGCAAAUGAAUGAAGCCAACUUCAAGACAAUCAGACUGGAUUACAUAGAUCAGUCCUUCAUACGUGCGAAAAAUGUCCUUGAAGACAUUACAAAGGAUCGCCAGAAUUGCCUUCAGGCACUCAGUCAAAGUGAAGAGUUUGUCCAUUGGGUUAAAAAAGAACUUGAAGAUAUCAAUGAGCUGAAAGUUUUCGUUGACCUGGCAUCCAUCUCUGCUGGAGAAAAUGACAUGGAUGUGGAUCGAGUGGCCUGUUUCCAUGAUGCUGUCCUUGGUUACUCAUCCAUGCUCUAUGGGCUGAAACAUGACUCUGAUUUUGAGAAGUUCAAGGAUUCUUUGUCAAAAUUGUGGAAGGCACUUGAAAAUGACAAAAAGAUACCAGAGAAGCUGCGAGAUACGGCACGCCAUCUGGAUUGGUUAAAGACUGUAAGGGAAAACCAAGGAUCUGUUGAAUUUUCGUCUCUCUCCCUGGCUACAUCCAUCAAUGAGAGGGGGAUGUAUACCAUCAAGGCCCAAAACCAGAAAAGGCUCAGUUUAGAGAAUUCCUUGAGACUGCAAAUCCAGAAUGGACAUGACAAAACCAUGACAUGCACCUACGAGGACGUAAAGGAGUUGCAAAAUAAGCUUAUGCUGAUGUCUGGAAGACAACAAAAUCAUAAUGAAGUGGAGCGCUUCACUGAGGUGUUUGACAACGUCCAAAGACUAGCCAAAGCAUUUGUAGACCUUUAUGCUGCAGGGAACCCACUCUUUAGGCGUUGGGAAGCUAAGAUUUAUUGCAAAACUCAGAGUGACCCAUGUAUCAUUAUGGAAAUCAACUUUUGCAAGACCCUGCCUCCCAUACAUGUAUGUGGAAGUCUAGUUGAACAACUUACAUCACUGUCCAAGAAGAUGGAGCUCUUUCUAAACAAUUGGCGAAAGUUUAUGGACAAACAGAGAUCUGAUCACUACUACUUAAAUUACUUCACAGCAGAGCAAAUAUUCUAUCUGUGCAAUGUUGUGACUCCAACAAAUGUGAAUGCAGAAAUAGAGGAAAAAGCAUUGAUGAUGCUCUCUUUCAUCAAACCAAACUGCACAACAUCUGAUGUCUGGAGUACAUGGAGAAGGUUUCAAAACCAAUAUCAACCUGGCAGAAGGGAUAAUGAAGACAGUGAUUGGUCCACAGCCAGUGUUCAGCAUUUUGAUGACCCAGCAGAUGAGGCAGACCAGAGCACUGAUUUGAAAGAACUGGAAGACUUGUGGAAUGGCUACAUGAAGAAUGAAGAAAUAUUUUUCCAUGACCUUUUGGACAUAAGGAGUUUAGGGGGUCUAUUAAAACUGCUGAUUGUCACAGAAAACCAAAGUCAGUAUGAAUUGGAAGAACCAAUGCUGUCAGGGACAAAAGACAAUUCACUGAGAAGGAAGCUCCCCAAAGGCCUUUUCUCAAAACAGCCUAAUCUCCUAAUCUGCCCACACAAUGAGGUCUUAACUUCAUGCAUCUCCUUGUACAUGACCAGUGACUAUCAACCACUACCAAGUUACGAUGAGGUUCUCUUGUGUACCCCUGCAACAUCUUGUGAGCAAGUAGAGCUUUUCCUGAGGAGAUGCCUCACACCAGGUGACACUGGCAAGAAGAUUUAUACAGUGCUUUGGGCAGACCAACUUACCUAUGACGUUAGCUGUGAAAUGGAGAAAUGUUUUCAGAAACUGCAGUCCCUUUAUCAACAUGAUUACAGGCUAGUGAUCUUUUGCAGCUCUGACAGGGAGCACACUUACGUCCCUACUGCAUUCAGUCAGUUCAAAAGAAACUUUGUGCCCCAAGAGCCACUGGAUAAUAUCCAGAAGUACUUGUCCAGACAUUACACUGUCGCCUCAGAUCACAAGAAUGCUGUGUUCAAAGGUGGCCAUUCUGUCGGUAUUGUUGCUUCCAGGCGUGCAGGAGUAGGCAAGUCUUUGUAUGUCCAAAGACUGUAUGAAAAGUUGGAGCGAAGUGUUGAACACGGAACUGCAUUAAAGAAGUGCAUCCGACUAACUGAACAUGAGGUUGAUGACCACAAGAUUCUCCGGUCUUUGUAUGACACACCAAAACAAAAAGAUGUCAAGGUGUUUCACUUUGAUGUCACAUCCUCGGUGCAAAAAGGUCUGGAUGAAUUCCUAUUCAAGCUUUUCUUUCUGCGGUACCUGAUGGAUUCAGAUGGACAGAUGUGGCACUGCAGCCACAAACACUUGUAUAUUGUUGAGUUACUGGAAUCCACAAAUGAUCAGACCAGAUAUGCUGGCAGAUCGGGACGAAAGGAAAACUUUGCAUUCUCAGAUGUUUUCCCAAAGGUGUUUUGUCGUCCACCAAAAGAAAUUAUGGCUUUGGAGAUGCGAAGAGAGGAAAGUUCUAACAUGGAGCGUGAUGACCCCCUCAUGGAUGAUGAAUGUUUCAGGAGUGAAGCUUAUCAAAGACCAUACCAGUACCUCACUCGUUUUCACAACAGUGAAAAUCUCGACAACUUCAUUUACCAAGGUGUUGAAGGAACACAUGUGGAGUGUCUUCAGAUACUCUUAAUCUACUGUGGCAUAAUGGAUCCAUCAUGGGCGGAGCUACGUAACUUUGUCUGGUUUCUUAAUCUUCAGUUGCAAGACUGUGAGAAUUCAGUCUUCUGCAAAUCUGAGUUUGUUGGAGACACUCUCCGUGGAUUCAAAAACUUUGUGGUUAAGUUCAUGAUCUUGAUGUCCAAAGACUUUGCAACCCCAUCACUAACCAUCACUGACCAGAGCCCAGGGAGGCAACAGAUUGACAUCAGUGAGCUCAACGAAAAAGACUUAGCUCCAUUCCUCAUUAGGAAAAGGUGGGAAUCCAAGCCACAUCCAUACAUCUUUUUCAACGAUGACCACACAUCCAUGACCUUCAUUGGAUUUCACCUGAAGCUCAAUGACCAGAAUGGGGUUGAUGCCAUAAAUCCAUUGACGAAAGAAGUGAUACAGGAAAACAUCAUGACUCAAGAGCUUUACACUGGCUUAAGACUUCAGAGAGUCCCGUUUAAUAUGGACUUUGAUCAGCUUCCUCGAGCUGACAAGAUUGAGCAUCUGUGCAGUGUGCUUGGCAUCAAGUGGCCAACAGAUCCUGAUGAAACCUAUGAGCUGACCACAGACAAUAUCCUCAAAAUGAUGGCAAUUCAUAUGAGAUUUAGGUGUGGCAUCCCGGUUAUCAUAAUGGGUGAGACAGGAUGUGGGAAGACAAGGCUAAUAAAGUUUAUGUGUGAAUUGAGAAGAUGUGGCGCACCAGCAGAAAACAUGAAGCUGGUCAAGGUUCAUGGAGGAACUACAUCAGAUAUGAUAUAUGAGAAAGUGAAGGAAGCUGAAAUUCUUGCAAGAGCCAAUACAGAAAAUCACCAGUGUGACUCUGUUCUGUUCUUUGAUGAGGCAAACACCACAGAAGCCAUUAGCAGCAUCAAGGAGAUCAUUUGUGAUAACUCAGUGCAGGGACAACAGCUUGACUCUGAAACAGGACUACAGAUUAUUGCUGCAUGCAACCCCUACAGAAAACAUACGGACAAAAUGAUUGAGAGGUUGGAAGCAUCUGGGCUGGGCUACCGAGUCCGAGCUCAGGAGGCAGAAGACAGACUUGGCUCUAUCCCUCUCCGCCAGCUGGUGUAUCGUGUUCAUGUGUUACCACCCAGCAUGAUACCUCUUGUUUGGGAUUUUGGACAACUCAAUGACUCAACAGAGCAAAUGUAUAUUGAACAAAUCGUGCUAAGACAGGCAAAGACCAACUUGGUAGACAAGCGCUAUAUUCCAACCAUAACCAAAGUGUUAUCGUUGUCACAGAAGUUCAUGAGGGAGAAGAAAGAUGAAUGCAGCUUUGUCAGUUUGAGGGAUGUGGAACGCUGCAUGCAAGUGUUUGUGUGGUUCCACAGAAACCACGACAGGUUUGCUAAGGAUCUCAACGCCUUCUUUCAGCAGCAGUCUCAGAGGCAAGGAGACAAGUCAAAGUUUUCACCUGCUAGUGACAGAGUAAUCUGGUCACUCUUGAUGGCCACUGGAGUGUGCUAUCAGUCCUGCUUGGAGAGCAAAGAGCAAUAUCAGAAAGCCAUCAGCCAAAUUCUUCCUCGUGACUACAAACCACAAAGAAUACAGCAGGAAAUCCAACUCAUGCAGGACCUUUUACUCAGUGGUGUACCCAUGGGUAAGACAAUAGCCAGAAACGAGGCUUUAAAAGAGAACUUUUUCAUGAUGGUAGUCUGUGUUGAGCUAAGAAUUCCCCUUUUUAUUGUUGGAAAACCAGGGAGCUCCAAAUCACUUUCGAAAACGCUAGUUGCAGAUGCAAUGCAGGGCCCUACAUCACAUUCAGAACUGUACAAGAGGCUGAAGCAGAUACAUCUGGUGUCUUUCCAGUGCAGCCCUCAUUCAACUCCGGAAGGAAUCAUCAACACAUUCAAGCAAUGUGCACGCUUUCAAGAAAGCAAAAACUUGGAUGAAUACAUCUCGGUGGUAGUUCUUGAUGAGAUUGGACUGGCUGAGGAUUCACCGAAAAUGCCACUGAAAGCAUUGCACCCAUUACUGGAAGAGGGCUGUGUUGACGAUGAGCCACAACCUCACAAAAGGGUUGGGUUCAUUGGAAUUUCCAACUGGGCUCUGGACCCUGCCAAGAUGAAUCGGGGAAUUUUUGUAUCCCGUGGUGAUCUGCACCAGCAAGAGCUCAUCAAAAGUGCUAAAGGGAUUUGCUCAUCUGAAGAAAAGGUUCUUGAAAAGAUCAAACACCUCUUUAAACCCUUUGCAAAAGCAUAUAUGACAGUAUGUGAAGAAGCCAAGGGAUUUUUUGGUCUGCGGGAUUUCUACAGUCUGAUAAAAAUGGUAUUUUCAAUUACCAAAAUGUCUAACGAGUGUCCUAACCCAGAUCAAAUCACUGGAGCAGUCCUGAGAAACUUCAGCGGAAAAGAUGAUGUGAAUGUGAUUGAAUUCUUCAGCAAAGAGCUUAGAGAAUACUUUGCCAAUGCCACCAUCACUACCAUUGAUAUGAUUGAGCAAAGCAUCUUUCCAGCUUCCCAAAUGGAGGAAAGCCGCUACCUUUUGAUCCUCACAAAAAACUUUGCAGCUCUUCAGAUUCUCCAACAGAUUUUUUUCUCUCAUGAAAUCCAUCCAGAAGUCAUCUUUGGGUCUAGUUUUCCAAAGGAUCAGGAGUACACGCAGAUUUGUAGGAACAUCAAUCGUGUCAAGGUGUGCAUGGAAACUGGACAGACAGUUGUGCUUCUGAACCUUCAGAAUCUGUAUGAAAGUCUGUAUGAUGCUCUCAACCAAUACUAUGUGACACUAGGUGGUCAAAAGUAUGUUGAUCUUGGAUUAGGAACACAUCGUGUGAAAUGCAGAGUUCACCCAAACUUCAGGCUCAUCGUCAUUGAAGAGAAAGAAGUGGUCUACGAGCAGUUUCCAAUCCCACUGAUUAACAGGUUGGAGAAACACUACCUGGACAUCAGCACUGUCCUCAAAAAUGAACAGAAGGACAUUGCCAGACAACUCGAGGGAUGGGUCGAUGAUUUUGUCUCCUCGAGUAGUCAAGACUCCACAAAAAAGCACUAUGUUCCAAGUGAUGUCUUCAUUGGUUACCACUCAGACACAUGCUCCUCUGUGGUCCUGCAAGUAACAGAGAAUCAAAGUGUUGAAGCGGAUGCGCAGGUCAAACUCAGCAAUGCCAAGCACAUUCUGCUCAACUGUGCCACUCCCGACUCAGUUGUUCGUUUAGGUAAAUCCAAACUGCCAGAUGAGGAAAGAGAACAUUUAAUCAAAGAAUAUGUCAAAGAGGAGAUGCACAGUUCAUUGGAAGACUACAUUGUCUAUCACACACAGCAGUCGGACCAGUCACACUUCUUAUUCACUGAGGUUACAACAUUUUCCAGGCUGCUGACUUCAGCAGACACUCAACAACUGCAGAACGUGACAAAGAUGGAUGCUAUCAAGCUGCUGUCACUGCAACAGUUUGACACAGAGUACACUUUCCUCAAGGAAAUCAGGGAAUUUCUUGGCUCAACGAGUACAGACAAAGUGCUCAUUAUCCAAACUGAGUAUGAUGAAGACUUCCACAGAAGGAAUAUUCUUUCCUCAGCCAAAUAUUCAUGCAUCAACGAAACCAACAGGUGUGACACUACUGACAACACAAGAACAUUUGUGUACUUUGUCACCAAACUUCCCCGAAUGGAGGGUGGGACCUCCUAUGUCGGCUUUCAGGGCGGUCCUUGGAGGUCUGUUCACAUUGAUGAUCUCAGAAGAUCAAAAGAAUUUGUUUGUGAUGUUCACAGCUUGAAAAAGCUACGCAUAAGUGAUCUUUUUGAAGAUUCACCUGAUGCCAUGGAGACAGAAGACUUCACUGGUGUGCCACAAAAUGAUGACUCCACUGUUUUGGGAAAAGUGUUUGAUACGACAGAUUUGGUGAGAAGCUGUGUGCAGAGUGCAGUGAGCAUGCUGAGGGAUGCAGAGGACAGCGGAGAAUUCAGUACCAAGAGAGUUGAGAAUCUGCUUACACUACUGGACGAAAGUCAGACACAAGAAGGUACUUUUGUGAACAUUGUGAGGAAGCGUCUCCGCUGGUUGUUAGAGGACUAUGAGGCCAACAUCCCCAGUCCAAAAAGUUGGGUUCUAAAUGCGGCAUCUAAUGUCAAUGCACUUCAGGAGGGAGGGACGUUCCUACACACACUAUGGAGGAAAAUCCAAGCAGUUGUCACUCCACUUCUAGCCAACUUGGUCUCGGUCAUUGACCGAGAUUGCAAUUUGGACCUGUUGCUGGAUGACUGGGAUGACAUCAAGAACCUAUGGCUCAAGAUAUUUGAGAGCAAAGAGAUGCUCAGUAUGCCCUACGUGGGGAUGGAAAUAUGGAAACGAAAAAGCGAUGAAGACGAGCUUUCUCUCCUGCACAUCCACAUUGCCUACCGUUCCUACCAAGGCCGUCUUCAGAACCUCUCACGAAUGAUUUCUCUUCAUCCUGAAGUUGUUUCUCCUUUGCGAAGCAAUCAGCACAUUAGACAUUGUCCUGAGUUGGUCUUGGAUGUCUAUGCAGCUAAGGCGUGUGUCGAAUGCCUCGACUCUCCUAAUCUGGACACAGAUAGCCUCUGCCAGAGGUGGCUGAGGCAGGUGAAGAGGCUGCAAGCCUCUUUGGAGUUGAUUUGCUCCACACACAACACCACACAAUAUGGAGAGCGAUGCAAGGAAAGGCUCCGCGACAUCAGCAAUGGCUGGAAGCGCAUCUACAUCCUCUCGUUGUUUGUGGAACACAUGUUGUUGGGUUUCCAAAAUCAAGACAGUCAGCUCAGGUUACUGGCCCAGGAUCACAUUAAAACCUUAAGCAGGGUUCUGGAGAAAAACUCAGAUGUGAAAGCUAUGGAAGCUUUUCAAGCUGUAAUUGAAGUACUGAAAUCCUGUAAACAGAAGGCAGUGGAUCAGAUGUUCAGGUUUGGACUUCAGUGUGGGGUGUGCAUGAGAGAACCUCAGGAACCUGUGGAGCUGCCAUGUCAUCACAUCUACUGCUUAACAUGCAUUAAAGCAAGCCUUGAUGCAGGACAGACAUCUUGUCCCAGCUGCAGGCAACAGUUACCAAAUGACUUUCAACCACAUGUCUCUGAAGACACAAGAGCAUCUAUCAAGAAAGUUGCAGAACUGAGGCGACGUUGCAAUGGUUUCUUCAUUGAUCUGCUCUCCACUGUGUGCUUCAAAGACAACACGCCGCCAAGCCGAAACGUCAUCACCCACUUGUUGUCCUACCUGAGGAUUGAGACAGAACAUAAAGAGAUUCACACCAAAGAUCUGUCACCGUUUGACGAGUCGCCGGAUAAAAACCCAGUUGUGCGAUCUGUGAUCCUCAAACUGCUCCUGAAGUUCAGCUUUGAUGAAGUCAAGGAAUAUUUGCAGCAGCAUUUGUCAUCUGUUGAAGACAGCAGAUUUGUGGAUGAUGAGGAUAAAGCAGAGCUGUAUGCUUUGUACAUCAACUGCUUGGAGGACUCAAUGUGGGAGAAAAUGUCUCAUGAAGGCAACAAUGCUGAACAGUUGCACGUUUCCAGUGACAAAACACAGUUCCUCUCCUCCUGCUUGGCUGAAGUCACUUCUGUUCCAGCAACAGUGUCUAUUCAACUUCUGCAGCACAUUGCCAGAUUGCGCCUGACCCUCACCACGGCGGCACAGCUCAUCAGUGACGGACUGUCUGACAACAAUGUGCCAGAUGGAGCAGAGGAUUUUCUGAAUGCGGUGAUUAAGCUCUGUGAGGACAGUGGGAAUGACUGGUACCGUAUUUACCUGAUUCGCAAGCUCAGCGAGUGGCUGGGUGUAGAGCACAUCCAGACACUGGUGAAACACCCAAACUUCAGGUGGCUUUUCCCUGAAGAGAUCCAUCAGCAGGUACACCACCACUCAUUAAUAAAUUUUAGAGUUCAGUUGUGCCCAAAUAACCAUCCAUGCUUUGUUGAUGAGUGCGGCCUGCCCAUGCAGAGAGGCCGAUGUCUGGAGUGUGGUGAGGAAGUUGGAGGCGAACAUCACCGGGCCUUGCCAGGAUUCAGACCAGUUCAACUGCAGCAGGAUCGCACGAGACCCGGCCACAUCCUGGGAGACCCUAAGCGGAGAAACAACCCAGAUGCGCUUAAUACCAAAAACAUGUCUUUGGCUCCCUUCACUCUGGUCAGGCUGGUGACACAUUUGGCUAUGUUACUAGGAGCCUCAGAGAAGUCCCAGUUUGUCCAGCAGAUCAUCCAGCCACCCGUGGAGGAUGUUGGUUUGUUUCUCAGCCUGCACAUAACGAAGGACCUGGAUCAGCUGACAGAGGCGCUGGGAAAAGGAGCUGAUGAUACUUUCACAACUGUCCAUUUGGUGCUCAGAUCCCUGCAAGAGUUACUGCAGGCCAGUCACUCUGAGACUGAUCCUUACCUUGCAACCAAACAAUCCAGAAACACCUGGGAAACCACUGUUGCAACAGAUGUUAUGACACCAAAGCUCAAGGAGAGAGAGUUUCGCCAGAUUAAGUUCCUUCCAGUAAUUGUAAUCCUGCAGAAACGCUUGGUGAGAAAGUACCAGAAUGCAUCUGAACAGAUAAUGGGCUCCAUCGGAGAGUUCAUUGAGAAGCAAACAGAAAGGAAGACAUGGUAUGAAAAACACAUUGACAUCUUCCUGAAAACAUGGAAUCUGCUAAGAGUGUCUGUGACCAGCAGUAAGUGCAAUUACAAGGUGAGCGUGGCUGAGCUCAUGGAGCCACAUGUGAUCUGUUAUGACGUGGAGAAGGAUCUGCUCCCUCUGGUUUUGUCCAACUGCCAGUACAGCUUGGAACGUGGCCAUGAAAUGAUAUCACAGUACGACCUGCCCAGAAUCCAGCAGCAGAUCCUCACCCGCUUCCUGCAGGGAAAACCUCUAAUAACCCGCACAGAAAUUCCCACUCUGGUCAACACACAGGAGAGAGACUAUGAAACCAUUUUCAACACUGUUAAAGGAAAAGUGCCUCAGGCCAUUGUGUCCUCUCUGAUCCGGAACGCCGUGUCCAGAGAGCUGAAGUCCUACAGCGAGGUGUGUGAGGCGCUAAAGGUCGUGGAGCUGCUCCUGGGUUUCCUCUCCAUGACUGGUGGAGAUCCCAUCAUGAAACUGGUCACUUACCUCCAGGACAUACUGAAGAUGGCCCAAAACAUUGAUCGUAACGUAUUGCAGGCUCUGGGCAGAUGCCGCCUCACACACUGUGUUUCUCUGUGGCAGCUCCUCUCCUCCCUCAAAUCUGAACACAUGCUGCGUCUUAAACGGGAGCCGUUUUCGGAGUAUCCAGCUGAGUACCAGGUGCCACUGACAGAAGAAGACAAGCUCAAGCUUAAAGGCUUCAUUUCCAAAGGAAACAUGGACCAAUGGCUGCUUGAGAUGCACGAGUUCCUUCUGCUGGUUCUGGGCCGCCUGCGAGCUACAGACGACUACAGUCCAUUAUGGAGUGUGAUAGAGACAGUUGCUGCCUACAUGGACCGUAAAGGAGUGGAGGUGCCGCUUUACGUAGAAGAAAACUUCCCUGAAAAUCUGCAGCUCUCCCAGAUUGUAGAAACCUGGAAAUACGCCGUCACAGCCAAACAGGACUGGAUGAUGGAGGGCUGAGCUGGAGUCUGGAGAGGCUUCGGUCUAUCCGUUGUGUUAUCAUCAAACAUUUAAGAGCUAAAGGAAGAUUUUUUUUUUGUUUCUGAUUUUCUUGAUGUUUCUACAAUAAUUAUGUGUUAAAGAUCUAAAGGUUGUAUCCUUUAGGUUCAGGAAAACAACAAAGCACAGCAUCAUGAGUGAGCUUUAAUUGCUUUCUGUUAAUAUAGAAAAUAUUUAGUAGAAAUUCUGAUGAUCUACUAAAAAAAUGUUUUUGACUUUGAACAUUUUUACUAUUCACCACCAAAAUCUGAUUAUUUGGUUAAAACAAAUCUGCACGGUGGCACAGUAAACUAGUACAGGGAGUACAAGUUGUUGUUUUUUCAUUUUUGCUCGUUUAUCUUUGAUUUAUCUGAUUUUUAUUGUGUUUGUUGAGACUUUUCGGAUCAGUGACUCCAGAAAUACAAGAGUCUGUGAGUUUGUAGAGAAUUUAGCUCAUCAGUUUAUCAAACAUUUUAGAAACCAAAGGACGGUUUCACUUUUUUUUUGUUCUUGUUUUUUAUGUUUGGGGUUUCAGUGUUUUUUCUUUCUGAGAGUUAUGUACAAGAACUAAAAUAUAACCUUUAAGCUCAGGACUAUAGAGCCUUAUUCAGUAAAAAAAUACUCUCAGGAUCUACUCAGAACAUUUAUUUGACAUUUACAAGCAUUUACUUUUUGAUUGUUUUAUGUUGGUUUUUUUUGACUAUGUACAAACCAAAAUCUAAUAAUUACAGUUAAUGAAUCAGCUGGAUGGUACAAUAAUCAAGUACACAAAACAACAUAAUACUGUACAUUCUGCAUUUUAUAUUCAUUUUUCUUCCGCUUCAUAUUACUUUGUUUGGUUAGAUGCAUUGAGGUGAUUGAUAUCAUUGUAAAAACAAAACCACUGGUUUGACAUCAGAGAGGAUGUUACUAUGUCUUUGAUUUAUCAGAUUUUUAUUUUAUUUGUUGCAUCUGAUCAUGUUUGGGACCAGUGAGUUUAUAGAGAAGUUAGUUAUCAUUUUAGGAACCAAAGAAAUGUUUUACUUUUUCCUUUUUGUAUUUCAUCUUAUUCUUGUUUUGAAGGAUUUUUCUGUGAUAACUGUGUAAGAGAUUAAACAAAAGAACUUUUGGGCUCAGGAGAAGCGAUCAGGCAUAGCAAGACAGAUUACACUCAGGCGCCUGAUGCAUCCAUCAAAAGCAAGCUGCUCAUUUUGUUAUUUAGUGGAAAAUCUCAGGAUCUACAGAGCAAUAUGUUGUUUGACUCUGACAAGGACUUGCUGUAUGACUGUGUACAUUUAAGGAUCAUACUGUUUUUUUUUUUUUUUAGGUUUAUCAUUUACCACCACAAUCUGUUUAUUAAUGGUUAUUGGUGAAUGAAUGUGCAUGGUGGUACAGGUGAAAAAAAAAUGAAUCCUGCACAUUUUUUUGUUCACUUUGAGGUACUUUGUUUUGCUGCAUUGAUGUGAUUGAUAUGUUUGCAAAAUCACUGGUUUGAAAUAAGAAGUGGUACUCGUUUA